CGGGCGACAGACACUAUCACUCCUCAGCACCCACAGCAACAUCCACAGCAGCAGCAGCAGCAGCAUCUGCCUGCAGACCACAGUUUCUGACUUUUUAUGGAAGGGUAAAACUCACUUUAGUAUCCUGUCCACGUGCUCGAGCUUUCUUGGGUCUCAGUAACACUGCAACAAUGGCUCGCCACGGGGAUACUCGCUCACCAUCACCUGUAGGCAGCACGUAUUCCUCGUCCAGACGGACUCGCAGAGACGAUGAUCGCUACGAGAGGAGCCGACGAGACGAUGGCAGGAGUUACCGCAGAUCCCGCAGCCCGGAGAGGCGAUAUCGUGAACGCGAACGAGACCGGGACCGGGAUGCCUACCGCAGACGUGACCGCUCGCUAGACAGGCGCGACGAAGACACAUAUCGGCCAGGUCGGAGAGAACGCUCUCGCGAUCGGCGACGGUCCCGAGACCGCGAUAACUACCGUCGAAGAAGCCGCGAAAGGGACUACCGGAGCAGGCGAGAUGAUUCCCGCGACAGAGCUCGGAGGCGGACAGAUGAUUCUGCUGACUUGAAGCACAAGUCUAGACGGGACGAUAGCCGGGAUCGGGCUAGAGACUCGGCUUCCAGAUCUCGAGAGACAUCGAAACCGUCAACCCCAGCAGCAACCUCGGCUCCGACCGAAGACGAAAAGAGAGCGGAAAGACUGGCCAAAUUGGAGGCUUGGAAGCAGAAACAGUCCGCCGAGAAGGAACGCAAACAGCGCGAAGCCGCGGCGGCGGGCGGGGCGAGAAGUAUCUUGGAAGAAAUCGAUCGGAAGUCUGGUUUGUCACCGGCUGUCAGUUCUCCCCAGUCUCCUGCAACACCUGGCGUUGAUGCUACCCCCGGUACCUAUGCCGGGAAGUUUGAUCCGAAGGCGAUUGCAAAGAGUGCUUCCUCAACUCCUGCGACGCCAGCAGCGCCGGCGGUGCUGGGAAAUGACGUUGCCGUCCCGCCGUCUGUCAAAUCAUCCGCGGCCGUUUCUACUCAGGUGAAACCGAAGCCUGCUACUACUGCAAGCACCUCCUCGGGUUCCCUGAAGGCGAAAGGCAAUGUAGGUCGAUUUGGCCUGGGUACCAAACAGGCCGCAGAGACGGAGAAGUCGACUGCCACGAAAACAUUGGGUUUCGGGGAGGAGGAAUCGACCCGAAGGAAGCUGGAAAAAUUACCUACCCCUCCACUCGACGAUUCAAAAGACGUAAAUGGAUCGACGGAGGCGCCUGCCGAAGAAGACGAAGAAGAAGAAGAAGACGUUGACAUGCAAGAUGGGGACAACGAGGAAGAGAAUGCCGCCGCAGCACGUGCGGCUGCCGAGAGGCGAGAAGAGCGCUUGCAGAGUGAGGCUCUCAAGACCCAGUCCAAUGGCGACACCGAAGUCAACGAUGCCCCAGAUCAAGAAUCCGAAAAAAUGGAGGUUGACGUUCCAGAGGAGGAGGAAAUCGACCCGCUGGACGCGUUCAUGUCUGGAUUGGCUGAGGCUGCACCCCCGAGGAAGGCCGUCGGCGCUAAAUUCUCCCGCGCAAAAGCACAGCAGCCCGAGGCCAUGUUCGGUGACGAGCACGAAGUCGAUAUGACGGCUGUGGGCGAUGGUGACGCGGAUGAUUUCCUCGCCAUUGCCAAUAAAGCCAAGAAGAAGAAGGAUAUCCCAUCUGUUGACCAUAAGAAGAUGGAGUAUGAGCCCUUCCGGCGGAAGUUCUACACGGAACCUUCUGAUCUGGCGCAAAUGUCCGAGGAGGAGGCUGCCAGUUUGCGCCUGGAACUUGACGGCAUUAAAGUGCGUGGUGUUGACGUUCCCAAGCCAGUGCAGAAAUGGUCCCAAUGUGGGCUGGGUGUGCAGACCUUGGAUGUCGUCGACAGAUUGGGCUAUGAGAAGACCACUUCAAUUCAAGCCCAAGCGAUCCCCGCGAUCAUGUCUGGCCGUGAUGUGAUCGGCGUGGCCAAGACGGGAUCUGGUAAGACAAUUGCCUUUCUGAUUCCCAUGUUCCGCCACAUCAGGGACCAGCGUCCGCUGGACAACAUGGAAGGCCCGGUCGGUCUCAUCAUGACACCGACUCGUGAAUUGGCGACGCAGAUUCACAAGGACUGCAAACCAUUCCUUAAAGCUUUGAACCUCCGGGCUGUUUGCGCUUAUGGCGGAGCCCCGAUCAAGGACCAGAUCGCGGAUCUGAAGCGCGGUGCAGAGAUCAUUGUGUGCACGCCAGGACGAAUGAUCGACCUUCUGGCCGCAAAUGCCGGCAGAGUCACCAACCUGCGCAGGGUCACCUACGUUGUGCUUGACGAGGCUGACCGCAUGUUCGACAUGGGUUUCGAGCCUCAGGUCAUGAAGAUCAUGGCCAACAUCCGGCCCGACCGGCAGACGGUGCUGUUCUCGGCUACCUUCCCUCGGAACAUGGAAGCGCUGGCCCGCAAGACGCUGACGAAGCCGAUCGAGAUCGUGGUGGGCGGCAAGAGUGUCGUUGCGCCGGAGAUCACGCAGAUUGUCGAAGUGCGCAACGACGACCAGAAGUUUGUACGGCUGCUGGAGAUUCUGGGCAACAUGUACUCCAACGACGAGAACGAAGAUGCGCGCGCACUGAUCUUCGUUGAGCGUCAAGAAGCUGCGGAUAACCUCCUUCGAGAGCUGAUGCGCAAAGGCUACCCGUGCAUGUCGAUCCAUGGAGGCAAGGAUCAGAUCGAUCGUGAUUCCACCAUUGAGGAUUUCAAGGCCGGUAUCUUUCCGGUUCUGAUCGCCACUUCCGUUGCCGCCCGUGGCCUGGACGUCAAGCAGCUGAAGCUUGUCGUGAACUACGAUGCACCCAACCAUCUCGAGGACUACGUCCAUCGUGCUGGCCGGACGGGGCGUGCCGGUAACACCGGUACGGCGGUGACGUUCGUGACUGAGGACCAGGAACGGUACUCAGUUGAUAUCGCCAAGGCAUUGAAGCAAAGUGGGCAGCAGGUGCCCGAGCCCGUGCAGAAGAUGGUCGACUCGUUCUUAGAGAAGGUGAAGGCAGGCAAGGAGAAGGCCAGUGCGUCAGGGUUUGGCGGCAAGGGUCUGGAGCGGUUGGACCAGGAACGCGAUGCGGCUCGAAUGCGCGAACGGCGGACCUACAAGACCGGAGACGACGGCGAGGAGGAGGAGGAGAAGGAGGAAAAGAACGAGCAGGCAGAAGAGCGGUUCAACAAGGUCAUCUCGGCGGUGCAAUCAACAGCAUCGACAUCAAUGCCCGGCGUCCCGAAGGGCAUUGACCUUGACGGCAAGAUCACCGUACAUCGGACGGAGAAGGAUCCGAACAGCGCAUCGAAGAAUCCCCUGGACAAGGUGGGCUCGGCGGUGGCCGACAUCCAUGCGCGCCUGAGCCGAGCGGGUGUGAUGAGAUCCGGCGUGCCCAUCGACAACCGCGGGCCCGAUGCGGGAGCGUUCCACGCCACGCUGGAGAUCAACGACUUUCCCCAAAAAGCACGAUGGGCGGUCACCAACCGCACCAACGUGGCCAAGAUCCUGGAAGCGACGGGCACGUCGAUCACGACCAAGGGCAGCUUCUACGGUACGGGCAAGGAGCCUGGGCCGGGCGAGAACCCCAAGUUGUAUAUUUUGGUGGAGGGCGAGACGGAGCUGUCGGUGACGAACGCGAUGCGCGAGCUGAUGCGCCUACUGAAGGAGGGCACCAUUGCCGCGGCCGACAGCGACGCCAGGGCCCCCGUGGGAGGACGGUACAACGUGGUCUAGACUACCUAUAUUCUGUACGAUAUCGGCAUCAUAUCUCCACCCUAACCUGCAUGGCAGCGCCUGUAAAGAUAGUGCUAGGGUAUUAAGGCCGCUGAUAAUGAAGUGCACAAAAAGUAAAAGGAUAUAA